AUGGCCGAAACACAAAACCUAUCAGACCGAGACGAAUCCUUUGACUCAUCAGAUUCAGACAACGAAGAUGUGCAGGUACAAGUACAAGAUCCAAUUUUGACAGCAAGAAAUGCUGGUGCAAGUCUUAGUGUUCCAGCAAAAGCUAACAUUGCACGUAAGAGAAAACUUCCUACCAACCAAGGAAAGUACAAUCAAAGGGGGAAUAAAACUAUUGCCAAUACAACUGCCUGGGAUCGUUUGAAGGAUUUCCCCAACCAUCAUUUUACUGUAAUCGACCGGAAAUUGCGGUGUAACGCUUGUAAUGAAGAACUCUCUUUGAAGAAAAGUUCAGUCAAAAAACAUAUUGAGUCAAAAAAGCACAAGAAGGGAUUUCUGAUAUUGCAAAGAGCAAAUCACAAAACCAGACAAUAA